GUCACAGAGACAGUUCACUCGCUUGCAGUUGUCGCUGGCAGAGCACGCUGCGCUUCUGUUGAUUCAGGUUGUUGUUGUUGUGCAGUUGUUCCGAUUUGGGACUCGUUAUCGGUUAUCAGGGAUGUUUGCACGACGAGUGAUUUAAUUAGGAUUAUUGCGUUCUACACUGUGCGGAGCAGACUAACGGGGAGCGUGUUGAGUUGUUGGUGGAAAGACUAAAGAGGAAGCAGCGAAAUCGAAGCUGAUGAAAUUUGUGUUGCUGGCUGUGGAAAACCGGAUAGAGCAGAUUCGAAAUUCAGCAGUUGUUGCGUUCUCCUUGUCGUUACGAUUGCUCAUUUCUGAAAGCGCUUUGGAGUAAUGGCGUUUUUUGACGGGGGAUGUUGAGCGGGAGAGGUGGCGCGAAGAAGGCGAAGGAGAUGGCCCCCUCCGUCGUCAACGCCAAUGGGAACGGCUGGAGCCGCGCCGGCUCGGAGGCCUCCUCCUCCACUUCCGGUCGCUCCCUGGCGCGCGGCAUCAGCUUCGGCGGCCACGGACAUGGACACGGACACGCCCCCCUCACCGUGGCGGCGCCGGCGCCCGCCCCGCCCGACGACGACGAGGUGGAGCGCCGGCUCAACGAUAUUCUGAAAUUGAUGGAUCUCCCUCCGGACAAGGCCAAAAUCCUGCGCAGUUACGACAGCAAGAAAAAGUGGGAAUUGAUCUGUGAUCAGGAGCGCGUGCCGCAGCAGGACGCUCCGGCGGUGUAUCUCAACAAGCUGCGCCAGCUGAUCGACCCCAAAUUCCUCUCGGUCCGCGCCAAAGCCUUCACGCUGGGCUCCAAGAGCAAGUCCAAGAGCAGCAGCAACGCUUCCGGUCUGGCCACCUCCACGCACACCCUCCGCAACCUCGAGACCUCCCUGCGCACCAACAGCAUCGAGUGGGUGCGGGAGUUUCUCAACGACGACAACUGCGGUCUGGACGUCCUGGUCGACUACCUCGCGUACCGGUUGCACCAGAUUAAAAAUGAAAACGGCGGCUCGGUGUCGGGCGGGAGUCUCAACGGGAACGGGCACGCCCCGGACGCGGCGGAGACCCCGGAGCGGCCGGCGCGGCACGGCAGUCUCAGCGGCUUCCACCUGGGCGGGCUGCAGCACAAAUCGCUGCGCCUGAGCCGCUCCUCGGCGGCCAAGCGCCUCGGGCAGCCGCAGGACGACGUGCACGUGUGCAUUCUGUGUCUGCGCGCCAUCAUGAACAACAAGUUCGGAUUCAACAUGGUGAUCUCGCGCGCCGACACCAUCAACUACAUCGCGCUCAGUCUGGUGCACCGCAGUCUGCGGACUAAAGCGCUGGUGCUGGAGCUCUUGGCGGCCAUCUGCUUGGUCAAGGGCGGCCACGAGAUGAUUCUGGCGGCCUUCGACCACUUCCAGGAGGUCCAUCACGAGCGCCACCGCUUCCAGACGCUGAUGCGCUACUUCCGCGGCUACGAGGAGUUCAACAUCGACUUCAUGGUGGCCUGCAUGCAGUUCAUCAACAUCCUCGUCCACUCCGUGGAGUGCAUGAACUACCGCGUCUACCUGCAGUACGAGUUCACCAUCAUCGGGCUCGACGAGUACCUGGAGAAACUAAAGCACCACGACAGCGAGGAGCUGACCACGCAGAUCGCCGCCUACCUCGACAACGUCUUCGACGUCACGGCGCUGAUGAAGGACGCCGAGAUCGGGCACGCGGCCAUCGAGCACGUCGGCGAGCUGCAGGACCAGUUGUCGCAUGCGCAGGAACGCGUCAAGAACACGGAGAACGCGGCGCUGGCCAAGAUCGCCAGUCUGGAGAGCCGGCUGACGGAUGUGGCGCGCGAGCGGGACGAUCUGCGCAGCAUGCACGAGCGCACCGACCACGAGCUGAACACGCUGCGCCGCACCAUGUCGCAGAAGGAGGAGGAGGCGCGCCGCCUGCUCACCGUCAAGAACGGCGAGCUGGAGAACCUCCGCCUCCAAGCGAAUGGUGCGGAGCCGCGCGGACUACUUCCGGCGUCAUCCGCGCCCGCUCCCCCGCCGCCGCCACCCCCGCCCUUCGGGAAAAUGGGCGGCGGCAUCCCUCCGGCCCCGCCCGUGGGCAUGGCCGUCAAGCGGACCGGCAUGGCGCCGCCGCCACCCGCGCCGCCCGUUGCCGGGAUGGCCGAAGCCCCGCCCGGAGCGCUGACCAUCAAACGCAAAGUGAACACCAAACACAAGCUGCCGGUGCUGAACUGGGUGGUGCUGAAGCCCAACCAGGUCAAAGGGACCAUCUUCAGCGAGCUGGACGACGAGAAGAUUCUGGCGUCGCUGGACUUCUCGGCGUUCGAGGAGCAGUUCAAGACGGGCAGCGGCAGCGGGAAGGCGCGGGAGUCGCUCGGGGAGCACCCGGAGGCCGGCGGGAUGCUGCUGGCCAACGGGCACGCCGACGGCGUCGACGGCGGUGGUUUGCAGGCGCCGCCGCGCGGCCGCUUCAAGCGCGUGGAGAAGGUGUCGCUGCUGGAGCCCAACCGGCUGCGCAAUCUCGCGAUCAUGCGGCGGAACAUCGAGCUGAGCACGGAGGAGGUGGUUAUUGCGCUCAACGGGUUCGACAUGCGCGCGCUGAGUCAGGACUACAUCGAGGUGAUGCUGCGCAUCUCGCCCAGCGAGGAGGAGAUCAAAAAGUAUCGGGAUUACCAGCGCGAGAAGCCGCCGCAGGAGCAGGAGAUGUUGACGGACGAGGACAAGUUCCUGCUGCAGUUGAGUUGCCAAGUGGAGCGGCUGGGCCCGAAGCUGCAGAUCAUGAACUUCAUCAACACCUUCCAGUCCAGCGUCAGCAGCUUGACCCCGCAGCUGCAGGCCAUCUUCACCGCCUCGCGCGCCGUCCGCAAGUCCGACAAGUUCGGCCGCGUGCUGGAGAUCGUGUUGGCCUUCGGCAACUACCUCAACAGCAGCCGGCGCGGCCCGGCCUACGGCUUCCGGCUGCAGAGCCUCGAAGCGCUGCUGGAUCUCAAGUCGACCGACAAGAAAUCCACGUUACUGCACUACAUCGUGCAGACAGUGGAGGACAAGUAUCCGCAGCUGCUCGACUUUGACGCCGAGCUCAUCUUCAUCGACAAGGCCGCCGACGUGGCGCUGGAGAACGUGGUGACGGACAUUCACGAGCUGGAGAAGGGCAUGGAGAUGACGCGACGCGAGGCGGAGAUCAAGAAGCCGUCGGGGCCGACGCUGCUGGCGCGCUUCCUGGAGGAGCAGGAGGCGCGGCUGGGGCAGCUGCAGAAGGAGAAGAAGAUCGCCGAGGACGCCUUCGUCGAGGCCGUGGAGUACUUUGGCGAGUCGCGGCGCACCAUCCAGCCCAAGGACUUCUUCAGCAGCGUUCUGCGCUUCGCCAAGGCCUUCCGCGCGGCGCUGGAGGAGAACACGCUCAAACGCUUGAGGAUGCUGGAGGCCGCCCACGCCGCCGGUGAGAAGCAGACCUCGCCCAACGGACUCCUCAAGACGCGCGCCAAGAAGACCCAGGAUGCGGUGCUGAACGAGCUGAAGAACAAGGCGGGCAGCAUCAAGGAGAAGAAGCUGAUCCCGCAGGAGGACGUGUACCACGGCGUCCUGGAGGACAUUCUCCUGGGACUGAAGAGCGAGCCGUACCGGCGGGCGGACGCGCUGCGCCGCUCGCAGCGCCGCAAGGACGGCGCGGCGCUGUCGCAGGUGAUCACGGAGCUGGAGCUGUGAGACGAGAGCGGGAAGGGGGAAAAGGGCGGGACUAGUCAGGCAAAGGCUUCUCGGUGCGGAAUGGAAUUGCAGAUGGAUAGGAUACUCGCUUCUGGACGAAUUAAUCUGGCCGUUGAUUGUUGCUCACGCGGAAUUCAAAUCAAAAAUGCGGGACCCGUUUUCGGUGGACCAUUUUGUUAACGUAACGUAACACACCCUCACUCGUGCCGUUGGAUGCUCACUUUUGUACACUCUCACUCGCUAAUCUUGUUAAUGAGGAGCCGGUUCCGUUUAGUCAGGUAAAGUUGCUGUUUUUUUGUGGACUGAUUUUGUGCAUGCGAAGAGUUGGUGUUAUGUUUUUUCUAAGCGAUGUUUCUUACAAAUUUAAUCUUGAUCUCCGUUGAAUUUGGAUUACGCGGCAGUCUGGGCGAAUUGCAGCGGGCGACAUACAGAUAAUUAUUUAUCGCAAUUACAUAUUAUUAAUUUUUUGGUCCGUAUAUUGCUAUAAUGAAAUCAUUGAAAAAAGAAAAAACUCUGCAAAAAGGAUUUUAAUGUGAAAAAUCGGAAAAGCAUUUGAGACGGCAAUUGAA